AUGAGAACACGAGCGAGAGAACAGAGAGUGAGAGGGGGUCACCGCCGCAACGCCGCUACAGCCGCCGCCAUCGCCGCCGUGGAGGAGGGAGUCCGGAGGAGAGAGAGAGAAAGACGAUUCACAGACGAGAUGGAGAGAGAGGACGAAGACGUGACGCGAGAGAGAAGGAGGCUGUUCCGCCGUGCACUGUCGUCGCUCCUGGGGUCAAUUGAAGCCGCCGCCGCUGCUAGGGCUUGCCAUGCUCCUGUUCUCACUUUCGGCUUUGACUUCUCCACUUCUCGCAGCCUCGGUCCAAACGACGUCGCAGCAGCAAUUACCCGCAAGAUGUCCCAACUGAACCCUAACUCCUCGCGAUGCGGCAAUUGCGGCGGCGGUGACUACGACGUCUCUGUGGUCAUCGAUUCGGGCUCCAGUUGCGUGCAGACGGAGGGUUCGGAAGCUCAGUGUCCGUUGAAGUGUGGUAAAGUUGUUUUUGGCGGGAAGUUGAGUGAUGAAGAUUUUGAUGAGAUGCUGAAGCGUUGUUUGGGGAAUGUAGGCGGUGGAGGGAAGGGUUAUAGUGUUGUGGUUUUUAAUGGGGACAAGGAGGAAGGGGAAGUGAGGGCUGUGGUGGGUAAGUACCAGCAUGCGUGGGUACUCGGCCACGUUUCAGAGGAUGAGGCGGCUUCAAGGACAGCUGAGACCUUUGCCAGGUUGUUUAUGAGUGGCGGGAGUGAAGGGAAUUCGAUUCGCAGUGAGUUCAUGCCGGUUGGUGCUGAUGGCAGGUUCAGUUUGCUCAAUGCAGAGCCACAAGAUUGGAUAUAUGAUUAG